AUGGCAACUGCAUCAUCCCACAUUACGCAAAAGUUUGAAGAGUGGAUGGCAAAGCAUAACCGCGUCUACUCCAAUAAUUUAGAAAAGGAGAGGCGUUACAAAAUUUUCAAGGAAAACUUUAAGCAAAGGCGAGCCAGGUAUAACACUGAACCUAAGCUGAAUAUAUUUGGUGAUCAAACCGAUGAUGAACUCCCCAAAGGCUGCGUGAGACUACCCUUAGAACCACUGGAGAUUUCCUACAAUCCUAUUUUCUAUGAUGAAUUUGCUCCUGACAACAAAAAUUGGGCAUAUGAAGGAGUUGUCACUGAAGUUAGACGCCAGCAGGGCGAUACUUGUUGGGCUUUUACAGCAGCAGCUGCAAUCGAAGGAAUUGUAAAAAUUAAAAAAGGCGAAUUAGUUACAUUGUCUCCUCAACAAAUUGUAGACUGUACUCUGGCCCGAGAAAAGUAUAGAGAGCACUACGGACUCAAGGGCACAAUUGGCGGUGGUCACCCAGAAGCGGGGUUUGAAUAUGCAGCGGACUAUGGAAUCAACCGAGAGAUCACUUAUCCAUUCAUCGGGCGGGACCAACCAUGCAACGCCAAAUUGGAAAGAUAUCCUUAUACAAAGAUAAGUGGUUACUUAGGCAUACCUCCAAAUGUUGAAAAUCUUAUGAAGAAAUAUGUGGCUAGCCAACCGAUUGCAGCCGUAAUGGAAAUCACUAGGACAUUCCAUCGUUACAUAGAUGGUGUAUACCAAGAUGAAUUUGGGGAAUGUGGAAGGUUACCAAUGAGAAACCGUAGCUAUCACGCUGUUACAGUUGUUGGGUACGGGACAGAUGAAGAUGACAUGGACUACUGGUUAGUGAAGAAUUCUUGGGGCCCGGAUUGGGGUGAAGAAGAUGGAUAUUUUCGAAUUCAAAGAAAUGUGUAUCGGCGAUUUAUAAUGUGGUCUUACACUUGA